AUGGAAGAAGAGAAGAAGCAUCAUUUCUUUCACCACAACGAGGAAGAAGGACCCGUAGACCACGAGAAGGAAGAGAAGCACCAUAAACAUCUCGAGCAACUCGGUGAACUCGGUGCUGUUGCCGCAGGCGCAUAUGCCUUGCAUGAGAAGCAUAAGGCGAAAAAGGACCCGGAAAAUGCCCAUAAGCACAAGGUAGAGGAAGAGAUCGCGGCAGCAAUAGCUGUUGGAUCGGGCGGGUUCGCUUUCCAUGAGAAACAUGAGAAGAAGGAGGAGAAAGAGGAGAGGAAAGAAGCCGAAGGCGGCGAGAAGAAACAUCACCUCGGACUCUUCUAA